GGGUCAUGGUUGGCUCCGUCUCGCGGGGCUGGCGUUGCCGGGGUGCGCUGCUGGCGGCGGCGCCGCGCCCGGGGCUGUGCCUGCCGCGCAGGUAGCGGCUGUCCUGCCCCCCCUGCUUCUUUCCCUCCUGCUGCUACGGGCAUUAGUUACACGUAGUUAGAGCGUGUAGCUGCUGGCCCACCCGUGACUUUCUCAACUGCGAUAAGAGCUUUGGAAGUGGAAAGUUGUACAAGUGUUUUUAACACCACCUUUCCAAUCUAUUGUUUGUAAAGCAUCCUUAAGUAUGGAGAACUUCGUUCUGUACGAGGAGAUCGGAAGAGGAGAAAACACCUUUGUUUAUAAAGGCAGAAGAAAAGGAACAGUUAAUUUUGUUGCCAUUCUCUGCAUCGAUAAGUGCAAAAGAGCUGAAACAGCGAACUGGGUUCGUCUGACCCAGGACAUCAGACACAAGAAUAUUGUGGAGUUUCACAGGUGGUAUGAAACAAGCAACCACCUCUGGCUUGUGAUGGAAUUAUGUACAGGUGGUUCUCUAGAAUCUGUUAUUGCCCAAGAUGUACACCUACCUGAAGAUGUAGUGAGAGAAUUUGGUGUUGAUUUGGUCAAUGGCUUAUACCAUAUUCAUCAGCUUGGAAUUGUCUUUUGUGAGCUGACACCUGGAAAGAUUCUGCUGGAGGGGUCUGGUACUUUGAAAUUCAGUAAUUUUUGCUUGGCUAAACUGGAUGGUGAAAACUUGGAAGAAGUUUUUCCUCUGCUUGGAUCCAUAGAAGGCGAAGGAGAUGUCAGCGAAAGCAUUCCCCAAAGGUACUCGGGAGACAGGUUUAGAGGUUGGUCACCAUACACAGCUCCAGAGGUAGUCCAGGGAGAAGACUUCUCCAAAGCCAGCGAUCUGUGGUCCUUGGGAUGUUUGCUCUAUGAAAUGUUCUCAGGAUCUUCACCCUUCUUCUCGGGCAGCUCCUGUGAAUCCACUGAGAAGGUUUUAUAUGAGGAUCCGUUGCCACCUAGAGCAGAGGGUUCUGCUUUUCAUCAACCUUCAGCUGAGUUUGUUAGUCUGCUUAAUGGGUUGCUUCAGAAAGACCCUCAGAAAAGGCUGAACUGGAGAGAGCUACUGCAGCAUCCCUUCUGGAAAGGAUCCCUUAGCCAUCAUGGGGGUGAUUCUGCAGACACCCAGGUCACAGGCUCCAGCAGUGAGAGCCCAGAGUCAGCACUGCCUUGGAAUGCCAAGGAGCAGGCAGAGACUCAGAGAACUCUAGAUGGCCUGUCAUCUUCAAGAGCAGAUAAGCAGCUACCAAGCAGUACUUUCAAAACAGUGGAACCUCAGGCUGAAUUGCGCCCUAGAAGUGCAGCUGAUGGUGAAACCAAUGAAUUCAUCUUUCUUCUCAGUUCUCGUCCUACCCCCAGGACAGGCACUGCAGUAGAAGUCAAUGAUGCUACUGCUGCCCCCCUACAAAAUUCUCCUCAAAGAGAUUCAUGCUCGAAAAAGGCUAAAAAUACCUGCUGGAGUCAGCAGGAUGUGAAGGCAAGACUGAAAGAGCUCAUUUACACUGCGUCUGACCUGCUGAUAACACCAAUCAUUGGCAAUCCAAAGAUCGUGAAGCAAGUGCCAGUUAGAUUUGACUUGAAAGCUUUGCCUAUGCCAACAUACUCAGCUGAGACAUUAUCAUCUCUGAAGGACACCGAGCAGAAGGAUUUCUUGCAACGAGUCUGUUCACUGCUGGAUUCCCCCGAGAGGAACACAGGAGCAGCACGUCCUAAACUGAACAUACUGCACUACCUCUGCACUCUGGCUGUCCACCAAGAAGUUGCAAGCUGGCUAAUGAGCUCUCAGCUGCUUCCUGUAUUGAUACAGCAGCUGCGUGCGUCCACCAGCUGGGAUGUACGUGCCAGAGCUGCCCAAGUGAUUGGUUUGCUGGCAUUGCACACAUCUGAACUUGGAGCAAAUGUGCCUGUUUCUGAGGCAAUUCUACUUCUGACUGAAAUCAUCAGAGAGAACUUCAGAAACAGCAAGUUGAAGCAAAGCCUUCUGCCAGCUCUUGGGGAGCUUCUUUACCUCAUAGCGAGGGAGGAGGAAAAAAGGGGGCACCCCAGAGAGUGCUGGGUCGUUCCUUCCACUGCUUACACCAUGAUACUGAGGAGUCUUCGGGAAGGGGAAGACAGGGUGGUGAACCACUUGGCAGCAAAGAUCGUUGAAAACGUUUGCACAGCUCUCUCCUGCCAUGCACAGGGAUUUGUGACAGGGGAGAUUGGGCCUGUGCUGUGGUCUCUUUUCACACAUGCCACAGAGGACUCCCUGAAGAUAACUGCUGUUUCGGCUUUAUGCAGAGUAACUCGCCGCUCGCCUAAUGCUUUCCAGAGUGUCAUUGAAAGAGUGGGAUUGACAGCCAUCCUCACUGCCUUACUGAAUGGAUUGUGCAGAGUUCAGCAGGACCUGCUCACCAUGUUUUCAGCACUCUUGGCAUGUGGGGUGCACCUGCAGAGGCUGGUUCAAGAAAAGGAUUUUGUGACUGCUGUAACUCGGUUACUCGAAAGUCCUUCGGCUUUUAUUCGAGCAAAAGCCUUUCUGGUCCUGCUGCAAGUUCUGAUUCAUAACAGAGAGAUGCUGCUACUCACUUGUCAAGCAAGGCUGGUGAUGUACAUUGAAAGAGACAGCAGAAAAGCCGCAUCAGGAGGGGAGCAGCAAGGCAGCAGCCAGUACCUGUCACAGUGCCUGGAUCUCCUCAUCUGUCACAUCGUGCAGGAGCUGCCAGGAGCCCUAGGUGACCUUCUCGUUGCCAUAACCAAUGUCUGUGGCCACAAGCACCCAUCAGCGGUCCAGGCCAAACAGCUGAAGCCCUGCCUGCCCCUGAUGCCUGUAAUGCUGCAUCUUGUGACAUCCCAGGUAUUUUGUCACCAGAUAGUCACAGAGGAUUUUCUCUUCAACUAUGGGACCUUACUUGAUUUCAUCAGGUCCAUAGAUUCAGGAGAAACAAACUUGGAUGGAGCCAUAGGGCAAGCUGCCUCUGAAGACUUCAUUAAGACUACUUUAUCAACCUUUGAAGCAGUAACAGAGCAUCCCAGCUUGUUGACAUCGCAUCGCUUGAUUGUGGCAGGCCGUAUCCUCCCACCACUGGUUGCUCUGGUGCACAGUCAGAAUGUGGAAUGGAGACUCUUCAGCCUGCAGUUGCUUUCAGAAACCACAUCAGUGCUGUUAAGCGGCGAGGUCAUGGCUGAGGAGCACAGCAGCCUCCUGUGUCUCAUCAGAGAUUCGUUGCUGCCUCGGUAUGAUCAGCUUCUGAUGGCUCCAGAUCCUGUACCACUCUAUGCUCUGAAACUGCUGGUGGCCCUGACUAAACACUGCCCAGCUGCUGUGAGCCUUCUGGAAGAAGUCUCUCUCUUUCCAGUUCUGUUCCAAGUCAUCUUGGAGCACCAAGACCGAGUCCUGGGGAACACGGCGCAGACUCUAAUCGCCCUGCUCAACAACCUGGUUGCUAACGCAGGCACCAACCUGGGGCGACUCCUUGAGGCAGGACUGCCCCAGCACGUCCGCAGCCUGCUGCUGGCCCUGCGCCCGGGCACCGUGGAGACAGGCAGGGCCCCGCUGCUGUCGGUGCUGGACACGCUGCACCUCCUGCUGACCCACGCGGCCGGCGUCGUGCGCCAGGCGCUGCAGGCACAGAAGUCUGGCACAGGAGGGGACACACAGGCUGCUGAAGACCUUCUGCUUAUCAACAAACCCCUGACAGACCUAACUGGCCUGCUCAUUCAACUGCUUCCCAGUGAAGACAGCGAAGUGUUUGCGAGCGCCGUGCAGUGCCUGUCUCUGCUGGCUCAGCUGUAUGGAGGGUGCAGUCAGGAGGGCAUCUCUGCAGAGGGCAUGGCCAGCCUGGCACAGGUGAUGAGAGCCAGGACACAGACACGCCAGCUGAAGCUGCUGCUGAGGAUUCUGAAGAGGCUGGUGACUUCAAACGAGAAGUGCUUAGAGAGCCUGAGGAAUGAUGGUGAUGCUCUCAUCGAGGUGCUCAAGAGCCUGGCCCAGGCUGCCAGCUCUCAGGCAGAUGGUGCUGUGGCUUCCCUGGCAUUUGACAUUCUGAGGCUGGCAAGAUGUGAAAGUGCCCAGCUGCCAAGUGCCCACUGCUGACCAGCCUGCAGGAACACACAGGGGCUGGGGUGCUGUGCCGCACCUCAGGCCUGCAGAACAGCUUCACCUGAGCGCAGCGUGAAGAACUGAGCUACAGGUAGGGGUAGGAGGUGUGUGUGUGGUUGUGGUGUUACUUGUUGGGGCAAGAGCUGAACACUAGUUUGGGGUUUGGCCUUGGUUACUACUUGCCCUUGCUGGCACUACAUGAUGUAGUUCAAGCCUGUGGCAGCCAAUAAAGAGCAGUUAUUUCACCCCAGAAAGCAGUCACUGCUUGGAUCUCUGGGAGCUGUGUUUAUCUUGUGGAGGAAGGCUGUGACUGGUCCCCUUCAGGGCUCACCUGCUGCCUAUGACUGGCAUAAGGCCUUUCUCUGGGGGAUAGCCUUUGUCGUGCACUCCCAGAUCAGGCUGUGGGGAUGCAGGGCAGGUUACUUAGAUCUGGUUUUUACCUGCUUUGGUAAGCCUGUGUGGGCUGCACUGGUGGAGGCUCCUGGUCAGCUGCCCAUGCUCCUGGCUGAGCUCCUCUUUGGAAAGAGGCAAGAUGCUGAGCCUGGCCCUUUGCCACUCAGCCCCAGGAGAAGCUGAUACUCCUGGGAGGGCCCUGUAGAGCCAGCAGCUGCCAGUGGGUGAAGAAGGAAAUUCUUGUCCCCGGCAUGCAGCAUUGCUCAGCCUGGUGCAGGGACCACUUCUUCCUUAGUGUUUGCUCCUGAGAGCAGCAGCUGCCUGGUGCAGCCUCCUUGAGAGCUGCUGCUGCCAGCCAGCCUUGGACAGCCCGUCUGCAGCCCAGAAGGAGGUGAGCAAAUAAGUGCCCUGCUUUGCCCUUGUGCUGCAGGGACUCGUUCUGUCUUAGAGCUGCAAGAGCUGGAGUUAGGAACAGCAAAGGGUCCUAUGGCAGUGGCCCUAGGGUGCAGCAGUGCCCGAGUGCAGUUCUGGCCCCUUUUCAGAACACUGCUGGCACCCAGCACCACCUCCUGCUCUGAAAGAAUCUGACACAGAGCGAAGUAAAAGUUUACUUUAAUUCUGAACCAUUGUAUAACUGCAUUUGUCUCAUGAAGCAUCUGUAUCACAGCAGGCUACAAUAACUUUGGGAUAAAAGGCAACUGGUAAACUGUCCAAUACAAGGUUCCAAAGAAACAGUUCUUACUGGCCCCUACCCAGACAUAUCCCAGAUAAAGUUUUUGAUCAAAAACAUGAAAUAGAUCCACCUGCUUAUUUUAAGCAUAUUAAAAAGGAAACUAAUUGGACCAUU